AUGGCUGAUGGUGGAAUGUUACCGUCAUCAACUCGACCAGCAAACUUUCGUUAUGGAAAUACUGAUCAAAAUCGUCUUCUAAAUCGUCUAGUUUCCCAUCCGUUAAAGUCGAUUCAAGAUGAAAAAAGUAGUUCCCCGCAACCACCCGGUGGUGAUCAUUAUCGAGCCUUUUCAAAUAAACAGAUACCUGCCGAACAUAAAUUUGAACCUUUGCCAGUACUAAAACGUUAUCAAAAAUACAAUGAUCCGAAAGAAAUUCAAGCACGUAAUCGACAGGAACUAAUUGAAGCAAACAAACUACGGGUCUCAUCACCUGAUUCACCAGCUGAGAAACGUGCGAAACUCUCAUUACCACCGAUUAAUGGCCGAACUUCAGAAAUGAGCAAAGCCAGCGAUGCGGCUUCUGACUGGGGAUCAACUGCAUCUGCUAAGCGUAAACAACUCGAUGCGCGAGAGAAAAUGCAAGGAGAGUCAAAUAUGGGUAAAGUAAUCGAUUACAUAAGACAAGCACCUGAUGGUUUCUUCCUGUAUCUGUCGCAUUCAUACUCGCGAAACGAUACGCGGCAUAGUUACUAUAACUUGAAAGUUGUUAAUUAUGAACAAUGCGGACGAGAAUAUUUCACAAUCUCGAAUGCCGGUGUUAGUUAUUAUCGUCCAGGAGAAGAAGUAGAGUUCACUCCAUUGGAAAAUUUUGCCAAAGAAUAUUAUCGAUACGUUCGAUUAAUCAAAAUCAAAACGUUUUCAACUUUCAGAAUGUGGAAAGCGUUUAUGGUAUGGUAUAAAAACAUUCGUAUCAAACAAGUCACUGGUUCAUCGAAAGCUUUGAAAGAAAAUCUAUUCUUCUUACAAGAUGCAUUACGACCUGCGUUAUUGAACAUUCGUGAAAUGUGCUUUCGUAUUAGUGAUAUGAGUCUUUGUAAAAUCGAAAAGAAACAUACGUAUACAUUGCAUGAAUUUAUUAAUAGUCAAACGGAAACAUUGAAUCAAGUUGCUGAACGUUUACAAGAAUUUCGCGAUCUCGUCAAAGAUGUUGUCGCUAGUGCUUGUCGAACACGUCUAUUCGAAGCGGGAUUUGUGCCAGACGAUUUCCUUCAUCCAACUGAUAUGACCAAUGAUGGUCUUAAUGGUGCUGCUUUUACAAUGCCCGAUAGCAUGGAUAUUGAUACAUUGGCACAGCCACCUGAUAAGGCAACGUAUGCAGAACAAGCAAAUAAACGAGCACAAUGUCGACGAUUAACAAAUUUCAUUCGUUUAUGUGAUUAUCUAAUUGUCAAUACAUUCCACGUGCUUGCCAAGAAUUCCGUACAUUCAUUGAAAAAUCAUUUUCUCGAACAGAUUGAAGCGACGCCGAAGAAAGAUGAAAUUGUCGGCUAUGUUGAAGAAAUCAAACAAAAGGUUGAUAAACAAAUAGCAGUAGCAACUGAAGGUGAAGAAGAUCCAAACGCUGAACAUCAAGCACCUCCUCCGCCUCCUCAAGCGCCACCACCACAACCCGGCCCACCUGUACCUGGUGUUCGACAAGCCGGAGAAGAGGAUGCCGUUGCUAAACGCCACAUUCCAUUAUUUGUUACUGAAAUGAAAUUAUUUAUGGAAGCUAUUCAAUAUGAUCCAGAUGGGAUUGCUUUCCAGAAUGGUAUUAAUAACGUCAUUUCCAGUUUUCAAGAAACGCUUCUUUCCAUCAGAAAUCUUUUACCUGACGCAACAUUCGAUAAUUUUACUCGACCUUACAUCAAUGAGAAGUACGAAGAGAAGAUAUGUGGUGACGGACCAGACCUUCGCAGCAUGUUCUUGGCCGAUUUCCACUUUAAAGACUUGAUUAAAGAUUGCAACAGUUCAUUAGAAGCUGGUUUCAAUGCCGCAAAGAUUUAUUCAGACACAUUCGCAGAUUUCCAUCAGUUCUACGUCGAAAACGAAAACACAAACAUCGACGCAUUGAAAACUGAACCUCACGAUGUGGAAUUCUUCGCUGAAUCUUUGGCUAAAUACACGCGUCAAGAAAAGAUCGCUCAAGCAAUCGAUGCUAAAAAACCGUUAGGUCUUCUCAUGAUUGACGCAACGGAUACCAAGACGAAAUUAGAACCGUCACCACGAAGAAUAUUGGAUAUCAUCAAUGAAAUCUUACCAAAAAUUGCUAAGGCUAAAACCGAUGCAGUCAAAUCCGAAGCUCAAGAUGCUACAGUUAAAUUGGAAACGAAACCUGAGACUACACUUGAUUUUGUUGAUGCUCUAACAUUUCUUGAUGAAAUUCAAGAACGUAUUGAGCCACUCGAACAAGAAGCAGAAGUUGUUCGUCAAAUGUACGAACUCAUCGAUCAAUACACAGUUCCGUGUCCACCCGAAGAUAUCGUCUCAUACAGUUCAUUAGCCACAACACUAAACAGCUGUCGUAAUGCGAUUGAUAAAGCAUUGACAGAACGUGAUGCUAAUGUUGUCAAGUUCGUUGGUUUAUUGGAUAAAGAUAUUGAAAUUCUAACGCAAGAAGUUCGACAGAUCAAACAAGAUUCUCAAAAUCCGAUGAUACUCGAUCCAACAGCUGAUAAAGACAAAGUGAAAUUAAUCUUAGAUGAUUAUUUGAAAAAGAUGGAUCAUCAACAAAAAACAUCGACAAAAUAUCGUUUAUAUCAAAAGAAUUUCAAGGUCGAAGUGACGAAAUUCGAUGAACUAGAAGAAGUCUACGGUGAAUUAAAACUCAAAGAAUUGCUUUGGAAUUCAUUGAAUGAAUGGGAUGCUAUGCUAGAUGAGUACAAAGUUGGUGAUUUUAAUAAAUUGGAUCAUGAACAAUUAACAGGAACCGUUAACAAAUAUGGCAAAUAUGUUUAUCAAUUAGAACGUGGUUUACCGCCCAAUCAACUAGUGCCAAUCUUGAAAGAUAAAGUCGAAUCACUUCGAGCGAAAUUGCCAACGGUGACAAAUCUUCGUAAUCCGAAUUUACGUCGCCGUCAUUGGGAUGUAAUCGAAGAUCUGAUCAAAUUCCACCCGACAGUAGAAGAACCAUUGACAUUGGGCAAACUCAUCGACAUUGAUGCUUUUCAACACGAAGAAAGACUUCAAGAAAUCUCUGGUCAAGCUAGUUCCGAAGCUAGUCUUGAGGGCAUUCUUAAACGAGUCGAAGAUUCUUGGAAGGCAGUGGAAUUUCCUGUCAUUCCAUACAAAGAUUACAAAGAUGUUUACAUUCUUGGUGGUACUGACGACAUCAUUCAAUUAUUAGACGAUGCUGUUAUUAACAUUUCAACUAUUGCCAGUUCACGUCAUGUUGGUCCAAUCAAACCACGUGUGGAAGAAUGGCAAGCCAAUUUAGAUUUGUUCACAAAAACACUUGACGCGUGGUCGAAAUGUCAGAAAACUUGGCAAUAUUUAGAAUCAAUUUUCGGUGCGCCUGAUAUUCAACGACAAUUGCCAGCGGAAGCCAAAAUGUUCAAUCAAGUAGAUAAAACAUUCAAAGAUGUGAUGAGAAAAACAAAUAAAAUUCCAUUGGCUAUCAAAGCCGGAACGCAACCUGGUUACUUGGAAUUAUUUCAAACCAAUAACGCUUUGCUCGAUCAAAUUCAACACGCUUUAGCUUCAUACUUGGAAACAAAGCGUUCAAACUUUCCACGAUUUUACUUUCUGUCGGAUGAAGAAUUACUUGAAAUUCUUUCUCAAACACGAAAUCCAUUGGCUGUUCAACCACAUUUACGAAAAUGUUUCGAAGGUAUCAAUCGUUUGGAAUUCAUCAGCAAGGGUGGUGACGAUAUGGAAAUGACUGUGACGCUGGCGCCAGAAAUUCGUGCAAUGCUUUCGCCAGAAGGUGAACGCGUCGAAGUCUUGAAAGUCAAAGCAACUGGAAAUGUCGAAGAUUGGCUGAAACAAGUCGAGAAGAACAUGAUCACAGCUGUUCGUGCGUGUAUCAAAAAAGCCAAAGAUGAUUUCGAGAAGAGUAUUCGUGAAGAAUGGCUAGUCCGACAUCCUCAUCAAAGCGUAUUGACUGUCUCGCAAACAUAUUGGUGUUUGGCUUUAACACGCAUUUUGAUGGAUGAUGAUUCAGUUCGACAAGAAAGCCUCGAAGCGUUCGAACAAAAAAGUUACAAAGACUUGAAUAAGCUAGCCGCACUCGUUCGUCAAGAAUUACCACAACUUGUUCGAGAUGUCUGUCGAGCAUUGAUUACUAUCGAUGUACAUGCUCGUGAUAUCGUCUCAGAAAUGGUUUCAAUUAAGAAUGCUGCUAUUACAAGUUUCGAAUGGCUAAAACAAUUACGAUACUACUUUGAACAAGAUAUGACUAUAAUUCGUAUGGCCAAUGCACAAUAUAUCUAUGGUUAUGAAUAUCUCGGAGCAUCAGAUCGACUGGUUAUCACACCUCUUACCGAUCGAUGUUAUUUAUGUUUAAUGGGUGCAUUACAGUUAGAUUUAGGUGGUGCACCAGCAGGCCCAGCUGGUACAGGAAAAACGGAAACAACUAAAGAUUUGGCGAAAGCUCUAGCUAAACAAUGUGUCGUUUUCAACUGUAGUGAUCAAGUUGACUACAAGAUGAUGGGCCGAUUUUUCAGUGGUUUAGCACAAUCAGGUGCAUGGGCUUGUUUUGACGAAUUCAAUCGAAUCAACAUUGAAGUGCUUAGUGUCAUCGCACAACAAUUAAUUACUAUUCGCGAUGCGAAAGCAGCAAAAUUAUCUACAUUUAUGUUCGAAGGUCGUGAAAUUCGACUUGUACCCACAUGCGCUGUCUUCAUUACAAUGAAUCCUGGCUAUGCUGGUCGUACUGAAUUGCCCGAUAAUUUGAAAGCUCUAUUUCGUCCACAAUCUAUGAUGGUUCCAGAUUAUCGUCUUAUCGCCGAAGUUAUUCUCUAUUCAGAAGGUUUUGAAAAUUCCAAAGUUUUAGCACGUAAAAUGGUUCAAAUGUACAAACUAUGCUCUGAACAGCUAUCACAACAAGAUCACUAUGAUUUCGGUAUGCGUGCAGUCAAGUCUGUGUUAGUCAUGGCCGGUGUAUUAAAACGUGAAAGUCCAAAUAUUGAUGAAGAUCUUGUUUUAAUUCGUGCUCUACGUGAUUCAAAUCUACCGAAAUUCUUAACUGAUGAUGCUAUCCUCUUCAAAGCUAUCAUCCAAGAUUUGUUUCCAAAUGUUCUCCUUCCCGAACACGAUUAUGGUGAAUUACGUCGUACAAUUAUUGAUAUUCAAACACGUCGAGGUUUACAAAACGAUGAAUCGCAAAUACGAAAAGUUAUUCAAUUCUACGAAACAAUGCUUAUUCGACAUGGUGUCAUGUUAGUUGGACCGACACUCGGUGGAAAAACGACUGUAUAUCGCAUAUUAGCAGAUUCACUAACAGAUCUACAUGCACACGGUGCUGCGUAUCAUUUCUAUCAACCAGUACAUACUUAUGUACUCAAUCCGAAAUCGAUUACUGCUGGAGAAUUAUACGGUGAAUUCAAUAAAACAACUAUGGAAUGGAGAGAUGGUCUUAUGGGAAGCAGUGUUCGGCAAUGUGUAACGGAUCAAACAAAAGACCAUCAUUGGAUUAUCUGUGAUGGGCCUGUUGAUGCAGUUUGGAUUGAAAAUUUAAAUACAGUGUUAGAUGACAAUAAAAUGUUAUGUUUAGCCAACAGUGAACGUAUUAAAUAUACACCCUAUAUACAUAUGGUCUUUGAAGUACAAGAUUUAGCCUGUGCUUCACCUGCUACAGUCAGUCGUUGUGGCAUGGUCUACAUUGAUUCAAAUGAUAUUCGAUGGUAUCCAUAUGUGAAAACAUGGAGUCGAAAGUUUGAAGAGAAAUUUGGCGAAUUUUAUACUGAAUAUCUUCUGAACUUAUAUCAUACACAUAUCGACAAAGGUCUUCUUUUUAUACGAAAAAACUGUAAAGAAGUUGUCAAACAGGUCGAUAUCGCGAAAGUAAUCACAUUAUGUUGUUUGAUUGAUUCGUUAUUGACAACUGAUGAAAAAAUUGAUACGAAAUUAGAAGAAUCAAAGAUAAAGAUCAUGAUUGCGACAACAUUCGUGUUUUGUUAUGUUUGGAGUGUUGGCGGUAAUAUCGUUGCUAAAGAUUGGGAUCAAUUCGAUACAUUUGUUCGUCAACAAUUCGAAGAAGAUGCCGAUGCGAAACUCGGCCAAGGUGGAGAUCUAUUCUCGUAUGAAAUUGAUGUUCAUCAUCGUCGUAUGGAAACUUGGGAGAAAAGUGUACCUGGAUUCAAAUACGACAAAACCAAACCAUUCUUUGAUCUACUCGUCCCAAAUAUAGACUCAUGUCGAUUUGGUUAUCUACUCGAAAAACUUGUCUCAGUCAACAAAUCUGUUUUGUUCACUGGAGAAACAGGUGUUGGAAAAACUGUCAUUGCACGCGCACAAUUAUUGAAAUUAGCUGACGAACAGAAUAUUCUACCAUUGUUUCUCAACUUUUCGGCACAAACAAGCAGUAAACGAACACAGGAGAUGAUCGUACCAAAAUUAGAAAAACGUAAGAAGAAUGCACUUGGCCCACCAAGAGGUAAACGUAUGGUUAUUCUAAUCGAUGAUUUAAAUAUGCCGAAACUUGAAACGUAUGGUGCCCAGCCACCGAUUGAACUUUUGCGACAAUAUCAAGAUUUUCACGGCCUUUACGAUCGUGAAACAUUAAAAUGGGUCGAGAUUCAGGAUGUCAUUCUUUGUGCUGCUUGUGGUCCGCCAGGUGGUGGUCGUAAUCCAACGACUGCUCGUCUUCUUCGUCACUUUGCUAUAUUCGCUAUUCCAGCGCCAUCGGAAUACAGUCUUAAACAUAUUUUCAAAUCGAUUCUCAAUGGCUAUUUAGCAGAUUUUAAUCAAAAUGUCAAACAAGUUGGUGAUGGUAUUGUUGAUGCUGCUGUGGAAAUUUACUCACGUAUGAGCGCAGAAUUGUUGCCUACACCAACAAAAUCUCAUUAUGUUUUCAAUCUACGAGAUUUAUCGAAAUGUAUCCAAGGAAUUCUACAAGUUAAACCGGAAAGUGUAUCUGAUCAAGGAAGUUUAGUGCGUGUAUUUUUCCAUGAAGCAAUGCGUGUCUUUCACGAUCGAUUGAUUAAUGACGACGACAAACAAUAUUUUCACAAUAUGCUUGCCGAAUUAGCUUCCCGAUUAUUUGCCAUUCAAAUUGAAGCCACAACAUUUGUGAAGAAACCAAUCGUAUUCGGCGAUUUCAUGAAGGUGGGCGCACCGAAAAAUGAACGUCUCUACGAAGAAAUCACCGAUAUGAAUAAAAUUCGUAACGUUCUACAAGAUUAUCAAGAAGACUACAAUUUAACCAAUAAUAAAAACACUCGCUUAGUCUUCUUCAUGGAUGCUAUUGAACACAUCGCUCGUAUUGCUCGUAUCAUUCGACAAGAUCGUGGUAAUGCUCUGUUAGUCGGUGUUGGCGGUACAGGUAAACAAUCUUUAACUCGUCUUGCCAGUCAUAUUUGUGGUUAUAAAUGUUUUCAAAUUGAAUUAUCGCGUGGUUACAACUAUGAUAGUUUUCAUGAAGAUUUGAAGAAACUAUACGAACAAGCUGGACCGAAUAACCAAAAUACUGUUUUUCUCUUUACGGAUAAUCAGAUUGUUGUGGAAGAAUUUCUUGAAGACAUUAAUAAUAUUCUCAACUCUGGUGAAGUACCGAAUCUGUUCGAUAAACAAGAUGAAUAUGAAAAGAUGAUCAUCGGAUGUCGACCUGGUGCGAAGGAUGCUGGUAUACCAGAAAAUGAUCGUGAUGCUAUCUAUACGUUCUUUAUCAAUCGCGUUCGAAAUAAUCUUCAUUUGGUCUUGUGCAUGUCACCGGUCGGUUCAUCAUUUCGUACUCGUUGUCGUAUGUUUCCAUCACUUGUGAAUUGCUGUACAUUGGAUUGGUUUUCUGAAUGGCCACGCGAAGCUUUACUCUCUGUUGCACAUACAUCAUUCGAAAAAUAUCCUUGGUCAAAAGGUGAAGAAUACAUGGUGGACGCAUUAGCACAAAUGAGUGUGGAAAUCCAUAUGAGUGUAUCCGCCAAAGCAAAACAAUUGCUAUCGGAAUUGAGAAGAUACUACUAUACAACACCGACAUCGUAUUUGGAAUUGAUCAACUUGUAUUUAAUGAUGUUAAAUGAUAAGAAAAAAGAAAUCGAUACAGCACGAGCGCGUGUAGAACGUGGUUUGAAAAAAUUGGAAGAAACUAACGUGUUAGUUGAACAAAUGCAAUUAGAAUUAGUGGCAUUAGAACCACAAUUGAACAAAAAGUCGGAAGAAACAGCAAAACUGAUGGAAACCUUAGCUAUCGAUCAAGAAAAAGCUGAUGAAGUACGACGCGUUGUCAUGGAGGACGAGGCAGUCGCCCGUGUCAAAGCUGAAGAAACGCAAGCAAUGAAAGAUGAUGCCCAACGUGAUCUUAAUCAAGCCUUACCGGCUGUUGAAAAAGCUAAUGAAGCUAUCGGACGUUUGAAGAAAGAAUCUAUCGGUGAAGUGCGAACAUUUACAAAACCGCCUCAUAUGGUUGAAGUCGUUAUGCAAGCUGUUUGCAUUCUAUUCGACAAGAAGAAAGAUUGGCCAUCAGCGAAACUCCUGCUCGGUGAUUCCGAUUUCAUCAAUCAAGUUCGUAACUAUCCUAAAGAUAAUAUACCCGAGUCGGUUCUACGCGAUCUGAAACCGUAUCUCCAAUUGCCAAAUUUCAAUUAUAAAGACAUUCUUCAAGUAUCCGUUGCAUGCGCAAGUCUUGCUGAAUGGGUAAUCGCUAUGGAUACAUACGCUAAAAUAGCGAAAGAAGUGGCACCGAAACGUAAACGUGUUGCAGCAGCUGAAGCUGAUCUACGUGCUGUUAAUGAACAAUUGAAAAAGAAACAAAGUCAAUUGCAAGAAGUUGAAGUUAAGAUCAAAGAACUUCAAGAUUCAUAUGACCAUCAAGUAGCGGAAAAGAAAAAACUGGAAAUCUCGAUUAUGCAAACGCAAUCGCGAUUAAAACGUGCUUCGAAAUUGACAACAGCUUUAGCAGACGAACAAAUUCGUUGGAAAGAAAACAUCAACGAAUUUAUUGAACAAAUGAAAACUGUCACUGGUAAUGUUUUUGUUUCAUCGGCAUGUGUCGCCUACUAUGGUGCUUUUCCCUCAUCAUAUCGAACUGAACUUGUUGACCAUUGGGUUGUCGGAUGUAAAGAACACAAAAUACCAAUUCUAGACAAUCCGUCAAUAAUUAGCGUACUUGCCGAUGCUUUUUCAAUUCGACAAUGGGUUACACAAGGUUUACCACGGGAUGACUUCAGUACCGAAAAUGCUAUUCUAGUGACUAAAGGUCGUCGUUGGCCUUUAAUUAUCGAUCCACAAGAACAAGCAAAUCGCUGGAUUAAAAAUAAAGAAAAAGAUAAUCAAUUAAAAGUAAUCAAGAUGACGGAUGGUCAUUUCUUACGUAUAUUAGAAAACUGUGUACGUAUUGGUAUGCCUCUAUUGCUCGAAGAUGUUGGUGAAACAUUAGAUCCUGCUUUGGAACCGAUUUUACUGAAGCAAACAUUCAUGUCGGGCGGUCGAUUGUUGAUUCGUUUGGGUGAUUCAGAUAUUGAAUAUGAUACCAAUUUUAAAUUCUAUAUGACCACGAAAUUAAGCAAUCCACAUUACUUGCCCGAAAUUUGUAUCAAGGUGACAAUUAUCAAUUUUAGCGUUACAAAGCAAGGUUUAGAAGAUCAAAUUCUAAGUGACGUUGUGCGUCUUGAACGACCUGAUCUUGAUGAAGAAAUGAAUCGUCUUAUUAUUACUAUGAACAAUGAUCGAAAUCAAUUGAAAGCUAUCGAAGACAAGAUUUUGAAGAUGUUAUUCGAGAGUGAAGGCAAUAUUCUAGAUAACGAAGAAUUAGUUAACUCGCUCAACGAUUCGAAGGUAACGUCGACCGCAAUUAAGCGUCGUCUUGAAGAAACAUUGAAAACGGAAGCAAAUAUAUCUGCUGCUCGAGAGAAAUAUCGUCGUGCAGCAACACGUGGUUCUCUUUUGUAUUUCGUUGUUGCUGAUCUAAGUUUAAUCGAUCCGAUGUAUCAAUUUUCUCUUCGUUACUUCACUCAAUUAUUUAAUACAACGAUUGAAAACAGUACGAAAAGCGAAGAUCUCACUCAACGAUUACAAACAAUUCUCGACAGUACAACCGAAAAUAUCUACACAAAUGUUUCUCGUGGUCUCUUUGAAAAAGACAAACUGGUGUUCAGUUUUCUUCUCUGCGCUGAAAUAUUGAAAUUAGAAGGUGUUAUCAACGAAGUCGAAUGGAACUUUUUACUUCGUGGAGGUCUGGUAACUGAACAAAAACGACCACCGAAACCAGCACACGAUUGGCUCAUUGCCGAACACUGGAAUCAAGCAUUAGCCUUAGCUGAUGUAUCUGAACUAUACAAGAAUUUACCACGCGAUAUCGAAAAUUAUCAACAACCAAUCUAUGUUGAUAUCAACUCAGAACUGCGUAUUGUCAUUAAUAGCAACGAUAUAACCACGAAAGUUCCUAGUGAAUACAAUACAAAAGCAACGGACUUUCAAAAAUUGUUAUUUGUGAAAGCCUUUGCGCCUUAUUCACUUGUACAAUCAAUCACGUAUUUCGUUGCGGAACAAUUGGGCAAAAAAUUUGUUGAGAGUCCUUCGGUGGAAUUGCCUAUACUCUAUCAAGAUAUAUCGAAUCGUACACCACUGGUAUUUAUUUUGAGUACAGGUUCAGAUCCUAUGUCAAGUUUUACCAGAUUUGCUGCUGAAAUGAACAUGACUAAUAGUUACAAAGCGAUUUCACUCGGUCAGGGUCAAGGUCCUGUUGCUGAAGAUAUGAUCACAAAAUCAGUCGCAGCUGGAGAAUGGGUCUUCUUACAAAAUUGUCAUUUAGCUGCUAGUUGGAUGAUAAACAUGGAAUCGAUUGUAAAAAAUAUCAACGAAGGUAUUACUGUCUGUCAUCCAAAUUUCCGAUUGUAUCUCAGUUCGAUGCCUGCAAAAACGUUUCCUGUUAGCGUUCUCCAGAAUAGUGUGAAAGUUACUAGCGAACCACCCAAAGGUAUUCGUGCAAAUAUGAAACGUGCUUUCAUCGAUAUUACGCCGACAUUCUUUGAAACACAUCGUUUGGAAAUGGACUGGAAGAAGAUCGUUUUUGGUAUUUGCUUCUUUCAUGCUAGUCUACUAGAACGAAAGAAAUUCGGACCAUUGGGUUUUAACAUUCGUUAUGAAUUCAAUGAUAGCGACCGUGACUGUGCUUUGUUAAAUUUUGAUAUGUUCUGUAAAGAUGGAGCGAUUCCAUGGGAUGCAUUAGUGUAUAUAACUGGUGAGAUUACCUAUGGUGGUCGUGUCACUGAUUUCUGGGAUCAACGUUGUUUACGUACGAUUUUACGUCGAUUCUUCUCGCCACCAACUCUGGAAUCUGAUUAUAAAUAUUCUUCAUCGGGUACAUACUAUUGUCCAGAACAGCAAUUUCUUCAACAGUAUCGAGAUUAUAUCGAAGAAUUACCGAUUACGGACAAUCCCGAAAUCUUCGGAAUGAACUCGAAUGCUAACAUCACAUUUCAAACUCAAGAAUCGAAUUAUCUUGUGAAUACGAUUAUCGAUAUUCAACCACGUGUAUCAUCAGGUGGUGCUGGCAAAUCCAAUGAUGAAAUUGUUUACGAUCUAGCUCAAACCAUUCUCGAGAAAUUACCAGAAAAAUUAGAUAUCGAAAAAGCUCCGCGUUCACUAUUCGAACCUGACUCGAAAGAUCGAUUGAAUUCUUUGACAACUGUUCUUCAACAAGAAGUCGAUCGAUACAAUCGUCUAUUGAAUAUCAUUAAACUGUCACUUGGAAACCAAAUGAAAGCAAUCAAAGGUCUUGUUGUGAUGGAUGAAACUCUAGAAAAAAUGUAUACGGCUUUUUUGAACAAUCAAGUACCUUCAAUAUGGGCAGAUGCAGCAUAUCCAUCGUUGAAAUCCUUAGCCUCAUGGAUAAAAGAUCUUCUGUUACGUUGCGAUUUCACUAGUCUUUGGAUUAUUCAUGGUUUACCUAAAUCUUUUUGGUUACCUGGUCUAUUCUUUCCUCAAGGCUUUCUUACAGGUGUUCUACAAGUUCAUGCUCGUAAAUAUGAUUUACCAAUCGAUGAACUGAGCUUUCAUUUUACCGUCCUACCAUUCGAACGAGAUCAAGUCACGUACAAUGAAGAAGCUAAACGUAUGGAAUAUGGAAAGAAACUUGAAGUUGAUCAAAAAUUACCACACAUAAAAGACGGUGUAAUUCUGCAUGGUCUUUACAUGGAAGCAUUCCGUUGGGACCACGAACGACAACAGAUCUCGGAUGCAGUUCGUGGCGAAAUGAUAGCGUCAUUACCUAUGUUACAUAUGGAACCUCGACAAAACUAUGUUGUUGAUCCAACACAUUAUAUUUCUCCGUUGUAUAAAACUGCUGCUCGAGCUGGUGUUCUAUCUACGACAGGUCAUUCGACAAACUUUGUCGUUACAGUAAAUUUACCAACUGAUAAACCACAAGAUUACUGGAUAUCGAUGGGCAGUGCACUACUAUGUCAAAUGACUGAUUAA